UUGUGCACUUCACUGUAAAGUCAACUCCUCAAGUAAGAUGGCAAAGAGUGUGGCAGUGAUCCUCUCUGGGUGUGGUGUGUAUGAUGGCACAGAAGUCCAUGAGGCGUCUGCUGUAAUGGUACACCUGAGUCGGGCAGGUGCCAAGGUUUCAAUGUUUGCACCUGAUACUGAGAUGAUGCAUGUGGUGAACCACUGUGAGGGUAAACCUGUGACGGACAAAAGGAAUGUAAUGCAGGAGAGCGCCCGUAUCGCCCGUGGAGACAUCACUGACCUGGCCGAACUAGAUGUCUCUGCUUUUGAUGCGCUCAUCAUUCCAGGUGGGUUUGGUGUGGCUAAAAACCUGAGUGACUGGGCCACCAAAGGCAAGGAGUAUUCAAUCAAACCCCAGGUGGAGAAGAUCAUCAAAGGUUUCCAUCAGGCAGGCAAGCCCAUGGGAAUGUGCUGUAUCUCCCCCGUACUCGCAGCUAAAGCUAUUCCAGGAUGUGAGCUCACCGUGGGCCAUGACAAGGAGUGCGAGAUGUGGCCGUAUGCUCAGGUUGCAAAAUCCAUGGCAGAACUGGGGUGCAAGCACUUGAAUAAGAAUGUUGGCGAGGUGCAUGUUGAUAAGAAGAACAAAUUGGUGACUACCAGCGCAUUCAUGUGCAAUGCUCCCAUCCAUGAGAUCUUUGAUGGUGUGGGUGUCAUGGUCAAAGAAGUUCUCAAACUAGCCUAACCUUGUCAUUUCAACUAUCUAAUAUAAAUAUGUCUAUAUAUUCCAGUCUUUUAACCCAUAAAGGUUACAUAUGUGUCACAAUUUAUAUCUCGCAAAAAUGGUGAGACCAGUUCAUGUUCACUAAAGGAACAAUAAUGUAAAUUAUUUAAUAGAAAAACCUUUUGUAGGUCUUCUACACUGACUGUCAGUGUUUGUUUUUGUGAUAUUAUACCAGUAAAGUUUCCAGAGUUUCUAAAAACCCUUCCUUGUUCAUGAUUUCAUUUAAAGUCAGUAAUUAUUGUUCAUAUCACAAGAGAUUUUUAUAUAAUAUUUGGUCUUUCGCCAAUAAUGCUGAUAUGUUUUUAUUGUUGUUCUCACUGGGAUUCUAAAUACAAUUAUUAUUUAAUUAUUUAUUUUUACAGACAAUUUACAAUCAUAUUUAACCAAACUACACAAUGAUGACUCUAAGACUUUAUAGAUAUUACAGUUUCAUUUUCUGUUAAUGCAUGAUUUUCUGUAAAGCUGCUGUGAUUCACAAUGUGUGUUGUGAAAAGCGCUACACAAAUAAAAAUGACUUGGCUUGACUUAAAUAUUGAGAGAGGAGAAAUUAAAAACACGAAUACUGUAUUUCUUUAA